AUGGACACGGGGGUGACUGAUAAGCUGAUCGGCUCCGACCUGGGCAAUGGUGUGAGCCUUGAUAACCAUACAGAUUCUGAUCUUACUUCAUCCAAUAGCUUGAUUGGGAGGUCCCAGGGGGCGACAUCGACUCCAGAUGGAGUCGAUGCUGGCUCUCAGAGUACAGGGGACUUCUCGAGGGAUAUCGAUGCUGAUACGGCCCGCGGUACGCCGAACGAUUCCGCCACCACCGCCUCAUAUGUAUCGACGUCAAGCCAGAAAAAGUCAACUUCGCCGUUAACCGCUCUAAAUGCACUUUCUUCCUUAGCAUCCGCUGCAGGCUCCAAAGGGACUGAUAGUAGAUCCAAUUCCCCCCAAUACCGCCCAAAAUCUUCCAUCCCAGCAAGGCUCCCUGCUGGGGUGUAUGCUCAGCAGUGCGUUGCGGCAGCAUAUGCGUCGCGGUUAAAUCCCUAUGCAUUGCAUAAAAAGGAACAGGAAGCCCUGCAGGACCACCUCUGCCAUCUACAUGUCACAGUGUACUUGAAUAUCCGAAAUGGGAUCCUGCGGCUGUGGACGCGGAAUCCCAUGGUGAGCGUCACGAAGGAGGAGGCUCUGGGCUGUGCAAAGGACUAUCGCUGGAUGAACCUGGCCUCGUUUGCGUAUGAGUGGCUUAUACGGAAUGGAUACAUCAAUUUUGGCUGCGUCGAGAUUCCGACGGCUUUGGUGUCCACCGGGAAGAGUCGGCGGAAAGAAGGCCCUUUGAUUGUCGUAAUUGGGGCGGGAAUGGCGGGUCUAGGCUGUGCGCGGCAAUUAGAAGGUCUCUUUCACCAUUAUCACGAUGUGUCCACAUCACCCCGUGUUGUUAUUCUAGAGGGAAGACGCAGGAUUGGAGGCCGUAUUUACUCCCACCCCCUACGGAGCCUUGAAUCAUCUACUUUGCCCCCCGGGCUUGUUCCCAAGGCUGAGAUGGGCGCGCAAAUUGUUGUGGGCUUCGACCAUGGCAACCCAUUAGAUCAGAUCAUUCGGGGCCAGUUGGCUCUUUCGUACCAUUUAUUACGCGAUAUAUCGACUAUCUAUGACAUAGACGGCUCCCCGGUGGAUGAGGUUCGGGAUGCCAUGGACGAGAGGCUUUAUAAUGAUGUCCUAGACCGUUCAGGGCUGUACCGACAUAAAUCAGUUCUCAUUCCUACAGCGGAGGGCGACCGGGAGUUAAUCGACUCUGGUCGAGACCUGUCCGCGAGCGACGGUCUCACAGUAAGGCAGUAUGAAGAAGCACGGGCAUCUGGUACCAUUGGGCUGUUGCUUCCAUCCAAACGUGUCCGUCGAGGAGUAGGUCACAAGACCGCUGAUAUUAAAACAACCGGGUCUGCCGUGGUAGACCUUGAUCACAGCGAAGAGCAUCCAGCCGCUCUCGCUUGUCAGACCAUGGGCUGCGAAUUGAAUCCAGGCGUCUCGGUAAAUGAUACUCUAAACCUCGAUUCGGUUGCCAAGGCCUCGCCAUUCCAGACCCUGGGCGCUGUGAUGGACGAGGGCAUCCGUCAGUACCAACGUCUGCUUCCGCUGACGUCAAAGGAUAUGCGAUUGCUCAAUUGGCACUUGGCCAAUUUGGAAUAUGCAAACGCGGCCAAUAUCGGCAAGCUCAGUCUUUCCGGAUGGGAUCAAGAUAUAGGCAAUGAAUUCGAAGGCGCACACUCGCAGGUCGUGGGCGGCUACCAGCAAGUGCCGUUCGGGCUGUGGUCGUGGCCGACGAAACUGGACGUUCGCCCGAACAAGACUGUUUGUAAAAUCACAUAUGACCCAACAGGACUAGGGAAGCAGAAAACAGUGAUUCACUGCGAAGACGGGGAUUCUUUCGUGGCAGACAGAGUGGUUCUAACCUGCCCUCUGGGUGUCCUAAAGCACCAGUCUAUCCAGUUUUCGCCUCCUCUCCCCGACUGGAAACUGGGGGCUAUCAAUCGGCUGGGGUUUGGCGUGAUGAACAAGGUAAUCCUUGUGUUCGACAAACCAUUUUGGGAUACCGAGAGAGACAUGUUUGGGCUCCUCCGAGAGCCCAAAAUCUGGGACAGUAUGACACAGGAAGACUUCGCGGCCAAUCGGGGCCGGUUCUAUCUAUUCUGGAAUUGCAUGAAAACCACCGGGCUUCCAGUUCUAGUCGCUCUGAUGGCUGGCGAUGCAGCGCAUCAAGCAGAGUGUACACCUGACGCCGAAAUCAUUGCCGAAGUCACCAGCCAGCUCCGCAAUGUUUUCAAGCACACGGCCGUUCCUGACCCGCUAGAGACCAUCAUAACGCGGUGGCGCUCUGACAAGUUCACUCGAGGAAGCUACUCCUACGUAGCGGCGCAGGCACUCCCCGGCGACUACGAUCUGAUGGCCCAAUCGAUUGGAAAUCUCCACUUUGCGGGCGAAGCCACCUGCGGCACCCAUCCGGCCACCGUCCACGGAGCGUACCUAUCGGGAUUGCGAGCAGCGUCAGAAGUUAUUGACACUAUCCUAGGAUCCAUCGAACUCCCGCAACCGCUCGUCCCGGACAAGGGCAAAGUGGACAUCCUUUCUUUCAGCACCCCACCAACAACCGGACAGAAAAGAAAGCAGCCAUCUAAUCCCGUCCCCCAAAACAACGAGGAAGCUCCCAAAUCGCCGGAAACCCUACGCCGCGAGGCCUACGAACAAACCAUGUGGGCCGCCGUGCAUGCUGAGAUAGGACCCCCAAUCCCUCGACCUACCCGAUCCGGUCUGAACCCUUUCCUCCUGUACCAGAAAGACACCUGGCCUAAAUGUCGCAUCCAAUGCGACGAAGCCCGUCGCAUAGCCACAAACGACCCCAACGCCAAAGCCGCGCGCGAUGAGAUCCGCCACGCGCUCGGCCUGAUGUGGCGACAGGCCGGUGAGGAUGAGAAACGGCCGUACAUCGAACAGGCCGAGGUCAAUCAGCAGACCAACGCGAAGCUGUGUGCUCGUUGGAGACAGAAUAUGGCUGAUUGGGAGCGGAAAGCUUCCAUUGUUAAGGAACGUUGGCGUACAGCCCAUCCGUUUGAAACGUGGGAUUCUUCUGAUCAUUAA